GGCGCGGGCCCGGGGCUGCGCUAGCGGGGCCGGGAGCUUCGUCCGGGCAGCGGGACCGUGCCUCAGCCUGCCCUGGAGCUGCGGACGAGCCAAACCAGCGACUUUGAGAGGUUGCAGUGGAAGUGAAUUGUGUGGAUGCCUUCUGAGGAGGAGGAGGAGAGCGUGUUGGUGCCAUGGAAGUGGAAAAGGGCAGCAAAAGGAGUUGCUUCACUCAGACCUCCUAUCUGGAUGAAGAUUUAGUUGAAGACUCCCAGCUGGAGUAUCUCAGUGCUCACGAGGAGUAUGAGGAGGAUGAGAAUAACUCGAGUGAGUUUUCUGAGCAGAGGGAGAUUGGAGAGGUGAAGGACAUGCCACUGAUGGGUGACAAGGUGCCACUCCAAAUCACUGCAAGGGAAGAAGAGUCUGGAAAGAGCGACAGACCCAUCCACAGCGUGGCAGUGGAGCCAGACAUUCCUUUCCUGCUACACAGGGAAAAGGCCCAACUUGACAAACAUGCAGAGUCCUCCGAUUUCAGCAGCUGUGAAAAACCUGCGGUGCACACACGCGGUGUUGACAGCACUGCAGAGGAUGCUGAAAGCCAGUUCCCAGUCUCUGAAAUCCUCCCUAGCAAGAAUCCUGAUGCUGGCAUGGAAGCUGCAGGGAAAUCCCCUGGUGGAAGCUGCAGCGCUGGGAAGCCGGAGCAUCGUGAGGGCCUGAAGAGUGUUCCCAGUGUCUCUGUGGUUGUGCAGGCCGGCUCUGGUGCCAGAGCUGGCUCCCCAGUGAGCAGAAGCAGCAGUGCCCAGGUUUGUCUCUGCUCCAGAGCAGUUAACACAGAAGUAACGAUGAUGAACAAAACUCAGCCCCUGGGAUGGCUAGGUCAAACCUUCGUGGAUGCUGCUUCCAAGACAAAACAGUCCUUCAGAGCUCAGAGCUCGCACAUUCAGCAGGAAUCAAAAGAUCAUCUGUUUAUCCGUGACUGGAAGGCAGGCACCAACAGGCCAGAACAUCCCAACAAGCAAACCAGGAAGAAUUCUGCUUCAAGCUGCUGUCAACGCAUCCUGCAGAGAGCGACUGAAGCAGAGCUGCAGCUCCUGGCCGUCCAUUAUGAGAUGUGCUACCAGCACUGCUGGAAGGUUUAUGAGCUAGCUUUGGAGGAAAACACAUAUUUUGGGAGAUGUGAGGAAAAGACUGAGUUACAUUCAUCUCUCCUGUUGGUUUUGGAUGAGCUGGACAAUAAUUACAGCAAUAUGAGAAUGGAAAUAAAUAUGGGCAUACCUUUAAAUGAACUUCCACCACUGUCAGUUGAGCUGAAGUUUCCCCCAGUCUCUUCCCUGUAUGCCCCCUCCAAGUUUUUCAGAAAGAGCCUUUACUCUGAUGAUCUUUCAGGUGAAGGGAAAGCUGACUUUGAAGAAUCAAAAGUGCAAGAAAAGGGGAUUUCUGUCAAUAUGGUGGGGAAUUCUUCACUGGACAAGUCACAGAAUGAUGGUGAUCAGCCAAGUGCUUCCCCUGAGACAUGGGAAGAACAGCCUAAAGCUCAGGCUCUGGAAUGUGGCUGUGUGAAAGAUGAGGAAGGGAGUGAGUACUGGUCUGAUGCAAAGGAAGACUUGUCAGUGGCAGAUAUUUCAGUAAUGUGCAAAGAAACGAAAAAGCAUCCAGGAAAACAAGACUCAAUUGAUUCAAGAGAAGUCAAGACAGUGGACAGUGGGAAUAAACGUUCUUCUGUUCAUGUUGAUGGCCCAAAACACUCAGUGUCUGAGGAUCCUGGAGAAGAUUCCAUUUGUCCCUGUAUUAAUUCAGGUGGUGUAUUUGUUUCUCCUUAUGCACUGAACUUGAGCAGCUUUACCAAGUUAAUCAAGAGGCUUCAAGAAAGGUAUCCAGAGUUUAACAGAGAGAGAAUUGUGGAUGCUGUGCAGGAGGUGAGGAAAAACCACAAAGGUGUCCUGAGUGGCAUGGCCAUCAGUUCUAUUGAGGAAGAGGCCUCUGCCAUUCUGAGGAAAUGGAUGCACUGUUGUAGGCAGGAGAAGCAAUCCUCGCGCAGCGCCGCGGGCGCGGAGCCCGCCCGGCCCCGGGAGCGGAGCCGCUCCUGCCGCGGGGCCAUGGCCCUGCUCCCGCGGCGCUUCCUCUGCUUCGUCCUGGCCCAGCACUUCAUCGCGGCCACGGCGUGCCAGGAGGCCGACUACGGCUGGAUGAUCCGGCACUACUGCCUCAAGCAGUUCCAGCUCAGCAUGGAGGGCAUCGGCCAGCGCCUCUGGUGCGACUGGGAUGAGACCGUGGGGACUUACGGGGAGCUGACGAACUGCACGGCGCUGAUCGCCGAGAGGCUCGACUGCUACUGGCCCAACCGGCUGGUGGACGAGUUCUUCGUGGCCGUGCACAAACAGUACUUCAGGAACUGCUCCCCGUCGGGCCGGGCGCUGCACGACCCCCCGAACGGCGUCCUGUGUCCCUUCAUCGUGCUGCCCGUCCUUGUCACCCUGCUGAUGACAGCGCUCGUGGUGUGGAGGAGCAAACGCAGCGAGGGCAUCGUGUAGGUCCGGCGCGGGCGGCGCAGGGGAGGGACGGGGGGCUCUCCCCUGGAACGUGCCUGGUGGUUGGGAAGAGCCUGCCAGAGGAGCAUCACGGAGGGUACCGAGCCCCGGAGGCAGGGACAGCAUCGCCACCGCUCCUCCUGCGCGGUACCACCCGUGUGCCCGGUGGGUUCCAAAUAAAUGUCAUUUUAGCGGGGGCUCUUGGGCAGCACGGGCGGCUGGGGCCGGCACGGGCUGCCCGGGCAGCGGGGACUCCGCUGCGCUACGGGGAGCGCCGCUCACCCCGCACCGGCACUGCGCACUCUGCUCCGCCUCUCCCAGCCGCUUUCCCCCGGCACCCUGUACCAAGGAGGAAAAGUUGAAAGGAAAAAAACCCAGCGGGGUGUGGGGAGUCGGAAUCCUGCAGCUCCGCAGUGCCAGCGCGGCUGCCACACACGGGAGACCAGUGGGUCUGGGUGCGCCAAAACACCCUCGGCUUCCUCUCUUUGUCUUUUCUUGGGUUUCCCCCCACACCUGGAAAGGCAUCUUCUCCCCCAGCCCCCAGCACAAAGACAAGGCUUGCACGGGCUGGCUUUUGCCUGGGAGGUGGGGAACAACGGGGGGAAGUCGGCAGUGGGAGGUGGGUGGCACCGGUGGUGCCCUGGGGCUAACAAGGAAUGAGAGUAAGGUGCUUUUCCUACCUAAAUAAAUAAAUACAUGAA